CGCGCCAGGAAAGCAAAGCAUCUACAUUUGUGGUUCCGGUAACAGCCACAAAAACUCACAUCAACACUGUGUUUUGCCCCAAACGCAUAUCACACAUCAUCCAGCAUAGAGAAAGAGAAAGAGAGAUCGAUCCUCCAAAUCAAAGAUAUUUCUUCCAACGACAAUCCCAAUCCUUUGCGCCAAUCAACGACCCCACACUCAAAUCUUUCCCACAAUUUUCUCUCUCUUUCUCUCUCCCUUAAACCCCUCUCUUCUGGUCUUGCCAUGCCAGCUUCUCCUUCAGAAAACCGAACCAGAUGGAGGAAGCGCAAGAGAGAUUCUCAAGUCUCUCGGCGCCACCCCAAGCACGAAGAGGAGGAGGAAGACGACGAAGAAAACCCCAAUGCGGAGGAUGACCAUGCAGAACGCGAGUACGAUUCCGAAGAACAAACGCAUCAACACCAAAACCACCCUAAUUCGCAACCACAUGUGGAGACGGAGGUUCUCUCAGAUCAUGGCGUUACCAUUUCUCAGUUUCCGGUGGUGAUAAAGCGCUCCGUGAACCGCCCUCACUCCUCCGUCACUGCAAUCGUGGCUCUGGAGCGAGCCCUUGAGUCUGGAGACAGCAAGGCUCAGAGUUCUCUUGCUCCUCUUGUUAUUGAAAACGUGUCUCACGGUCAGCUUCAAGCCCUGUCGGCUGUGCCAUCUGAUAACUUGGCUUUUGAGGGUGAUUCCUCUUUUGUCAUAAGUCCCCCUGCCAUAUUGGAAGGUCGUGGGGUUGUUAAGCGCUUUGGAACUAAGGUUCUAGUAGUUCCUAUGCAUUCAGAUUGGUUUUCGCCUGCCACGGUGCAUAGGUUAGAGAGGCAAGCAGUGCCACAUUUCUUUUCAGGGAAGACACCUGAUCAUACUCCCCAGAAGUACAUGGAGUGUAGGAACUGUAUUGUUGCUAUGCAUUUGGAGGAGCCUGGGAAGAGGAUCACGGUUUCUGAUUGCCAGGGUUUGUUGACAGGACUUGAUUUUGAAGAUUUGACUCGGAUUGUGAGGUUCCUUGAUCAUUGGGGAAUUAUUAAUUACUGUGUUCAGACAUCGAGACUCGAGUCUCCCAAUGUUAUGUCUUGCCUGAGGGAGGAGCCUAGUGGAGAGGUCCGUGUGCCGGCUGAGGCUUUGAAAUCUAUUGAUAGUUUGAUCAAAUUUGACAAUCCGAGUUGUAAGCUGAAAGCUGAAGAAAUUUAUCCGUCAUUGACUGCACGUAAUAUGGAUGUCUUUGAUCUGGAGGACAGAAUAAGAGAACAUCUUUCGGAGAAUCAUUGCAAUUAUUGUUCUCGUCCUCUUCCUGUUGUAUACUACCAGUCUCAGAAAGAGGGUGGAAUGGAAGCCAAAGUCAUUUCAGUCCAGGUUUCAACUCAAAAAUCAUUCAAUCUGGACAAAACAAAGGAACUUCAUCUACGGCAUUCACAGGUUGAUAUAUUACUUUGCACUGAUUGCUUUCAUGAUGGGAGAUUUAUCAUUGGUCAUUCAAGUCUAGAUUUUCUAAGGGUGGAUUUGACAAGGGAUUAUGGUGAACUAGACGGGGAAAAUUGGACUGAUCAAGAAACUUUACUGCUUCUUGAAGCAAUGGAGAUUUACAAUGAGAAUUGGAACGAAAUUGCUGAGCAUGUUGGUACCAAAUCAAAAGCACAAUGCAUUCUUCAUUUUCUCCGUCUACCCAUGGAAGAUGGAAAAUUGGAAAAUAUUAAUGUUCCGAGCACGCAUUUGUCAUCCAAUGCAAUGGAUAGAGAUGGUAGUGGAAGACUGCAUUGUUACUCAAACGGAGAUACUGCAGGACCUGUCCAUCAAGUGAGAGAUUCUGACAGCCGGCUUCCUUUUGCAAAUUCUGGAAAUCCUGUUAUGGCUUUGGUUGCCUUUUUAGCCUCUGCAGUUGGACCAAGAGUAGCUGCUUCUUGUGCUCAUGCAGCAUUAGCAGUAUUGUCAGUGGAUAAUUCUGGCAGCACUUCACAGGUGGAAGCACCUGGGCAUGAUAAUAGGACAAAUUCCGAAAGCAUACGAUGUCGAGAUGGUGGGUCUCACGGAGAAACAGCGGUAUCAAAUAAUAAUAAUAAUGAGGAUAAGGCUAAGGUACAUGGUUCAUGGGGACUAAAUGAUGGUAGGACAACCCCACUAUCUGCUGAGAAAGUUAAAGAUGCUGCUAAAGCAGGCCUCUCUGCGGCAGCAAUGAAAGCAAAAUUAUUUGCCGAUCAUGAAGAGCGAGAAAUUCAGAGGUUGUGUGCUAAUAUAGUUAAUCAUCAGCUGAAAAGAUUAGAGUUGAAGCUGAAACAGUUUGCGGAAAUCGAAACAUUGUUAAUGAAAGAAUGCGAACAACUGGAGAGAACAAAGCAAAGGUUUGCUGCUGAACGGUCUCGUGUAAUAUCAGCACGUCUUGGAACUGCAGGAGCCACACCAACAAUGGCUGUAUCGGGUGUUGGUCCUUCAAUGGCUAGCAAUGGCAACAACAGGCAACAAAUGAUCUCUGCUUCUCCCUCACAGCCCAGCAUCUCAGGGUAUGGCAGCAACCAAUCACUUCAUCCACAUAUGUCCUUUGCCCCACGACCUUCGAUGUUUGGGUUGGGGCAAAGAUUACCGCUAUCUAUGAUACAACAAUCACAAUCACCUUCUUCAACUGCCAUGUUCAAUGCCCCUAGUAAUGUGCAGCCCACGUCCAAUCAUCCAUUGUUGAGGCCUGUAUCAGGAACAAACUCUGGUUUAGGUUAAAUAGGGGAGUAGAUUUUGAGUUUUGGAACUUAAAAGGUGUAAUUUUCAUGGGUAAUCAUCUAUUUCAGAAAGUGAAGAGGAGGUUAGGUGGAUGUGGGAAGAAAGUUAUUUAGUCUGUAGAUCCUGUAAUUCGUUGAAGUUGAUUGUGAAACUGUGCUUAAAGGAAAAAUAAGUAUCAUGUGAUGUUCCAAA